AUGAAAUGCUCUUUUCCAGACUUUACAUCUACUCUAACCUGCGCAUCUGCAAGCGACGCACCUUGUUCAUUAAUUUAUAAUUCGAAUUUGGCACUAGAGAUGACCUGCACAUGCGACGGCCACCUCUGCAACGAGCCGUUCGCUCCCCAAUUUCGAAAUGAGCUGCUCAAUUUUUCAUCAAAACUUCCUGCCAACUCUAGCGAUGUGUUAACUGAAACGUUUCUUAAAUUUUCUUUUUUCGCGAACGUGACUACAGCGAAAUUGUACGAAGCGAUAACAAUAGUCAGAGGGGCAACGGAAAAACAGACAGCGUCUGUCUCGACUCAAUCAACGACUAUUGGUUUAGCAUCGAUUGGCACCUCUGCGAACUUGGCACCACGCGCUGAAGCUUUGAAGCAUGAAGCAACAGUUCCACCUGAUGAUGAUGAGGAUGAGGGUGAAGGGAGUGGAAAUAUUGAAGAUACUAAGUCUCAAGCGGCUGCCCCUGCCGCCCCUAGCUCUUACUUACCAGCAGAAGGAAAUAAGCAACAGCAGUCUUUUGAUGAUCCGUUGUGA